AUGCGCGCGUGCGUGUGGGCGGGCGCGCGGAGGGCGCGGUUCGUCCCGCGGCGCGCACGUGCGUGGUUCGGCGCGCGUGGCGCCCCCCCGCGGCGGCGCGCGAUGGAGCUGGCGGCGGCGCGGCGCGCGGUGCUGGCGGCCGUGCGGGGCACGCGCGCCGCCGACCUGCCGCGCCUGCUGCACUGGAUGCGCAACACCCAUGACUUUGAUGAGCUUGUGGUGAGUAACAAUGAUGUUGUGCUCCGAAAUAUCGCUGAAGAUUUGCGGAAUCGUUUACCCAUCGAGGCAAUGUUCACUUCAGAACAUCAAGCUGUGCAGAAAAUACACCAGCAUCCACUGCCCAUGAUUCAUGUUGAUGCAUUCCUUUAUGAUGAUGAUGAUGUUGAUUCAUUGUGUGAGGAGGGGAAAAUGAGUAGGAGCUACUGCACAGAGUGUGGCUCAUACAAAACUGCAUCUUUAGAGUUUAUUUCGCAUUCCUUUUCCCUCAUGGAACUGAAGUUUCUUUAUCACCAUGUACUGCCUGACCUGACAGGAAAGGUAGUGGUUGACGUUGGCUCCAGGCUUGGUGCAGUGCUAUUUGCGGGUUAUCUUUAUAGCUCAGCUUCCCAGCUGUAUGGAGUAGAAAUGAAUGCAGACUUUUGCCAGUUGCAAGAAAUUAUGAUUACAAAGUACGAGUUCAUUGACAGAAUAAAGGUGGUUCAUGCAGACAUCUGUACUCAGCCCUCACUUCUGCAGAAGGCUGAUGUUGUUGUAAUGAAUAAUGUCUUUGAAUAUUUUCUUGACAGACAGGAACAGGCCAGAGCUUGGGAAUUUAUUGCUUGUAAUGUAAGGAAAAGAGGGUCCUUAUUAGUGACAGUUCCAAGUCUUGAGGAAUCACUUUCAAAGCUCCAGACAGAUGUACAGCUCAGUCAAUGGGUUGAAGAGGUGCAGCUGAACUAUGAUGUGUAUAUGGAAAAGGAUGUUGACAGAGAAGCGCUCGAACAGAUUCAUUUAUACAAGAUUCUCUAGUACCUGGAAAAAUUUACUAGUAUUCUUAUGAUACAUAUUUUGGGCCUAAAAUGAACUUGGAUUGAUCUUUGUGAAUAAAUCAGGUCAAAAUUAAUAUUGUGGUUAAUUUGAGUGAUAUAUGUGGUUUUUAAUAAAAAAGAGUCUUUUCAAACAGGUUUUCUUACUGAGGCCUUUUGUCUCAACCAGCUAUUUUGACUUUUAAUUUAGGAGAUAUCCUCAUGGUCUAUUUUUUGCAGAAAUGUUAGAAAGAGCAUCUGUAUAGCAACGCUAAAAGAACUUUUGGUCAUCAGUAGCAUUAUGCACUGCCAAUGUUUGCUAAAUAUAUCAAACCUAGGAGCAGUGAAUCCUUAUUGAUGUGAAUGAUAAGAAUGCAUUUAGCGUAAUGUUACAUAAAAGCUGUAGUGCUGUUUCAUUUUCAUAUAAAGCAUUUAUUCUUAUCAGUAACAAUAUUUAUAAACAGCAUUAUCUUUGGUGUUCCUCCUGUGGAAUUUUUAGGUUUUCUCUCCAGGUUCUGCUUCAUAACCAGAUUAUCUACUGGCAUAUGUUGUGAGGGAGGCAAGUUCAUCCAUUUAGUUAGUUGUCCUUAAGGUGGGUAUUGAUAUACAACACUGAAGGACACCGAGGAGCCAUGGAGAAUUAAUGCAGCAAAUCCAGGAUGAUGGAACUCUUUUCCUGCACUUCUUCUGUGGAUGGUAGGAAGUGUUAUAAGGGGUUAAUAAACUGAAAAUUCUGAACAGGUGUCAUGGCUUAGCAGAGGCUUGGUGGUGGCGUAAAACAGUGGAAAUUCGUAACAGAGCCUCCUCAGAGAGAAAAGAUCCACAUACGCCCACCACAUUUAUAUUUAGAUUUUACAUUCUAAGGAUGUAAAGCUUUUAGUCAGCUGAAGAAUGUUUUGGGUUUUAGCAAACAUUAACAAUCCCAAGUGCAAAAAUACUAUCUUCAGGAGUUUUGGACUAAGCAUGUUGUGAAUUUAGAAGCAUUGUUAAAAAGUUUGCUGCACAACUUAAGUCUAUUGUAAAUGGGGAAACAUUAAAUUGGAUUUCAGUCUUCAAAUGAUGUACAGGUCUGUAACUUUGAUAAUAUGUGCUAUAAGCAAAAAGGAUCAGUGGCCUUUAGGCACUCACCGACUCAGUAAAUAAAUGGGACUGUAGAAAGGAUAGUGAGUUUUAAGAAGUCUUACUUUCAUGUCCUCUUCAGAGUGGCAGAGGAUGUUUUAACUUGAGUGAUGCUGAACUGCUGCUCAAGUACUGUGUUGAAUCUAUUCUUCAUGUGUUUAAAAAUAUAAAAAGAUGGAAAGCUUUUCUUAAAACAUUUAUUUUA